GUAGAGAUAGGCCUUAACAGCUAAAUUUCAUGCACCAUAGUUGUUGAAAAUUAACUUGUCGCCGUCACCUCCCGUUUAAAAUUAACGUGGAAAGUAAUUUUCACGUUGGAAAAUCUAAAGCAUACAGCAAAACGUCCCCUUCGCCUCCUUGCAUUAGCCAUUGCCUCCCUGCCUGUUUGUCCUUUCCAAGCUUCGAGUACACCAACAACACUUUGCGCUAGUAACAAUCAUCGCCUCCUCUUAAUUACAAUUUAACUACUACUCGUGUUCUGGGAUCAAAAGUAGGGGAGAAACAAGAAACAGAUUGGAGCAACACACCAGUAAUACGGACUAGGGAGACCUGGGUCUGGAGAUUUUGGCCGCUACCUGCAUCUCCACGUCGCCGUCGCAAUCAAGAUCAUUAUUUCUCUCCUCCUUCCUUGUCCCUGCCCAAACCCAAGGUUGCGUUCUUGCAAAUCGCCUUGGCUUUGCCCUAAGAUUCGCCAUCCAGCGCCCUCGCUGGAAUCGUAGGCGCUGAGGUCUCGAGGCGGGCGUCGCCUGUCUCGUGAAUCCCCUCCGGUCUCUUGUUUUCUUGCGAGGAUUCGGCCUGAUUUAGAGGGAAUUGUCGGUCUCGGUCCCGUUCUGCUCGCUCGGGACAGACAAUUCGGGGCAGUUCCGAAGGGUUUUGCAGGAAAAACUAGGUCUUUCUUGCCAUUCGCUUGAGAUCGUCCACGUACCGCAAUUGAGCCUUUGAACCUGUGCUCCUAAUCAUCCUGGAAUGCGCUUUGCGCCUACCUUGUAAAAGAUUGAGAAAUUUAGGGAGCAUUUGAUUCGAGGUCUUCCCGUGUGCGCUCAAGAAAAGGUGCUGUGCCGUGAAGGCCUCAUCUUGGGCAUCCAUGGGGUUCCUCAGCCUUGUGUGCAACUCCUUUGGGUGCUCUGCUUCCGGUGAACGGCUCGUGUCAGCUGCCCGCGACGGCGACCUUCAGGAGGCGCGUGCGCUCCUCGAGUACAACCCUCGCCUUGCCCGGUACUCCACAUUCGGUGGCCGCAACUCACCGCUGCAUUAUGCUGCCGCGCAGGGACAUCAUUGGAUUGUUUCUCUAUUGCUUGAAUCCGGCGUCGAGAUCAACCUUAGGAAUUACAGGGGGCAGACCGCUUUGAUGCAAGCAUGCCAAUAUGGCCACUGGGAGGUUGUUCAAACACUGAUGCUUUUCAAUGCAAAUGUUCACAUGACAGAUUAUCUCAAUGGUGGAACUGCUCUCCAUUUUGCUGCACUACAUGGUCAUGCCCGAUGCCUUCGUCUUGUGCUCGCAGAUUAUGUGCCAAGCACACUGAACUUCUGCACCUUCAUAAAUCAUAGAUCCUCUAAAGAAGAUUCAGCUGCUGAUUUUGAUCAUGAUGCUUUGGACAAGAUGGUAAAUCAGAAGGCGGAUGGAGGCGUAACUCCACUGCAUAUGGCAGCGUUAAAUAGGCAUGUAGAGUGCGUGCAGUUGUUACUGGACUUAGGAGCGUCUAUUUCCGAAGCCACUAUUGAGGAUGGAACGACCAUUGACUUAAUAGGAGCUGGUAGCACCCCACUUCAUUAUGCUGCUUGUGGUGGAAAUGCUGUCUGUUGUCAACUUCUUAUUGCUCGAGGAGCCUGCAUUACUGCACAAAAUGCUAGUGGAUGGACCCCAUUAAUGGUCGCUCGUUCAUGGCAAAGAAAUUCUGUUGAGGAAAUUCUAAGUAACGAACAAGAGGGGCGAAUACAUACUCUUCCUUCUCCUUAUCUGUGUCUUCCACUUAUGAGUAUCAUGAGCAUUGCCAGGGAGUGUGGAUGGAGCUACCUAAAUCCGUCACCUGUUUGUAUUGACCCCUGUGCUGUCUGCUUAGAAGGGAGCUGCUCUGUUGCUGCGGAAGGCUGCAAACAUGAAUUCUGCACAAGAUGUGCUCUAUACCUUUGUUCAACCAGCUACACAUCAGUGAACCCAGCGGGCGCAAUACCAUGUCCUCUCUGUAGACAUCCAAUCAUCUCUUUUGUCACUCUUGCUGGCACGAGCCCAAUAAGAGAGCCACCAAGAAACAGCCUUUCAUUGUCAUUUUGCACGACAUGCCCAGCAGUGAACUGUGAUUCUACUCCCUCAAUCACCGCCCAUCUGUACCGGACUGAGUUCCAGUGUGGAUGCAUGGCACCGAUGGGCUCGUCCUCAUUCCGCUCGCUGAGCUGCCAGAGGAUGCCGGCAAUGAAACUUAAUCCAUCAUUUUGUAUGGGUGCCAUGGAUACAAAUCCCUGCCUCAUAAGGUGCUCAAGAUUCGGGUCUAGCUUGCGGCGGUCAGCUUCCCAAGGAGAGACCAGGAGAAGAGCAUGGUCUCUAACCUUUAACCCAAUUGUUGCUACUGGCAGCUGAUACAGUCAAUAAAUAUCGCAUUUCCUCAGUUUUGUGCCCAUUUUGAGCUCUUUUUUGCCUAUUCUUUGGUUGGUUUCGUCUGAUGUUCGCCGUUGUGAUAAUGAACUCGCCGGUCCCAACUCCUUGUUGAUAUCAAAAGCAACAUGUAACUACCUUGGUUUGUAAAUUUGUUGUAUAUUUCGGGAAGCAAUAUGAAAUGCAGAGGCGCCAAUUUUUCAAUA